UGGCAGCAACACGGGGGUCACGAGGAACUCCAAUUAUAAAUAUCACCUCAACAGUAAGAGACAGAGAAUCAAAAGGCCCAAGUGGAAAACAGUAGAGACAAAUAUUUGUUGGGUAUACUUUCAGCAUAACCAAGGACCCAGCAUCCAGAUUCUUCUGAUGUACAGUGAGGAGCUGUCACAUAUGCUUUAUGCUGCAACAGGCAUGGUAUUAGUUCCUUCCAUAGAUGAGCCAUGUGGACUUGCUCAGAUGAUUGGAAUGCGUUAUGGAGCGGUCCUAAUAGUUAGGAAGACUGGUGGUCUUGUUGAUACAGCAUUUGAUAUGGAUGAUGAGUUACAUGUUGAGAUGGCUAAUGGGUUUUCCUUUGAAGCUCUAGCCCGUGCGUUUUCUCGCUAUCGAGAGAAACCAAAUGAAUGGAAUGAUGUCUCAGGGAAGAUUAUGGAAAUUGAUAAAAGCUGGAAUAAGACUUCUGGAAAAUACCUUGGUGUGCACAACUUUAUCAGAGUAAAAGGGUGAUAACCUUAAUCUUCAUUGUCAAUUGAAAGUAAAUAUACAUAUUCUAAUGAGAUUCCUAGUGAAAGGAUAUUAUGAGAGAUUAAACGUUAGGAAGAAGAAGAAGAAACAUAAAAAGAAAAAAGAGGCUGUAUUGAAUAGGCAGACCUAGUACAGUAUACCAUGUUGCAUGCAGCGACCAAGUGAAGGUUGUCUGUUGAUUUGUCGAGGGAAAAUAAAAUAAGAUUUUUUUUUUUUUUUUUUUUUAACUAAGAGUUGAAACUACAAUUUUCUUUAUAUUGUUAUUUCAACUUUUUUUUUUUUUUUGCCUCUCAUUAUUAUUAAUUUUGGGGUAUAUCAAAGAAAGUGACUUGAAGGUUGAAAUUACUUAUGAUGAAGAGUCAGUGUAAUGAGAAAAUGUCCGACCUUAUCUUUUGUAAGACUAGAACAAUCUCUACAAAUAGUUAGUUUAUUCAUAUGUUUCUAGCGGUUUCUGAAUUAAUUUGUGUUUUCAGUUUUCAAGUCAAAAAUUUCUUAGAGAGAUGCAAAAUAUGGUCAAAGAAUUCAAGAACUUAGUUUUUCAAGUUUUUUAUUUUAUUUUUUAAUAUAUGUAAGCACGGUUAAAAACUUGGAAAAUGUUUGGGACCCCAUUAGGGAUGACCCCCACAACCCCAAAGUGAUCAUGACCCUCCAUGUAUGUGUGGGGUCCACUGAUGUAUGUGUGGGGCCCACAUCAUGAGUGGUUCUGAUUUGUGGGGUUCUU